AUGACUGACUAUUACGAACCAACUUUGUUAUUUAGACAGAAUGCCAUUAGAAGAUUCAAUCCCAGUUUAUCGCCCAUUUCCAGCGUCUUGAGCUUGGCUGAAGAUCUAACUACGUCUCAAUCCUCAAUCAACUCAGUAUGCCUUGAUAAAAAAACCAACACAUCUUCAUCUUGGUUACUCAACUUAAAUAAUGAAAAAGAUACCCAAGUAUUGAGCAAAUCGUGCUCCUUAAAUCGUACCAAUAUCAAGUCCAACUACUGGAAGAUCCCCGAUAACAAUAUGAACUUGACUUCAAUGUGUGUCAAGCGUCAUCAAUCACUGCAAAACCCUUUGUUGGCCAUUUCAUCAAACAAUAGUGACAACAAUUUAUUCAUGUAUGAGAUAAAUCUAGAUUCCAACCAUUUGAUUCAUCAUUCAACAAUCAGCUUGUCAAAUAUACAUAAUAUGAAGUGGAUAAACAACACCUCCUUGAGUGAUAAGAAUUACCUUGUUACCGGAAACAGCAAAGGCUAUGCACAUUUGGUUACCAUGCCUGAUAUAGGAUCGGGUGCCAUUGAUGAUCCGGAAUUGUACUCUGCUGAAAUAUGCAAACGUUUUAAUCACGGAAAACACAUCAAAGAUAAGACUAGAGCAGAUGCAAUGUUGCCAAUCAAACAAUUGAGCUUAUACAAUAGCGACAAGGAAAUGAUUUCGAUAUACGAUGAUUACCUUUUCCAUUGGGAUAUCAUGAAUGCAGAGUCACAGCAAAGACCACAACCUAUAUCAAUCACAACUGUUGGAGGAAUAAGGAAUUUUGAUGUUUUGCCUCAUAAUAAUACAACAUUGAGCAUUUGUGGUAAAUUCGGUAUCUCGUUGUUUGACACAAGAGAUUCGAAGUUUAGUGUCCCAAUGUCGUCCUCAUUGUCUAGGAAUUACCGCCAAUUAUCUGGCAAUAUAGUCAAAUGGAAUCCUGAUAACGAUAAUGUACUUGCCGUUGGACAUGGUGAUGGAGUUGUUCGAUUAUGGGAUGUACGUAAACAAGAUUAUUUUUCAAGCUUGCGUGGACAUUCACGCCGGUCAACUUUGAACCAAGUAACUAGUAUUGAAUGGGAUCAAGGCGACUUGUUCACUGGUGGACAGGAUGGCAAUAUUAUUCACUGGGACCUCACUUCGGAUGUGAGCUUGGAUGAUGUUGGUCACAUGAAUUGUGGGUUAAGAGAAGGGUUGGACAGUGUUAAAUUCAAUGAAAAGACCAAUUCAGUUGAAGUUGAUGUCAAUCAAAGACAAUGUGGAACUGUUUUGCCCGCUUCUAAUACCAAUGUUGUUGCUAUGUGUUCGGUUGCAAAUGAUUGUAAUGAGAUCAAAAUAAUGUCGAUAGAUGGGUCGUCAUUUUUGGGUGUACAUUCCCAAGUCAAGGAGGCUAUCAAGUUGAAUAUCAAUCCCGAGAAAUUGUAUUACUCUGAGGAAGAUAUACAGGAGUUGUUGAGGUACGAGAGAUCGAUAAACAGUAAAGAUGACUUGUCAAGUUGCGACCAAGAAAGCUUGAUUGAGCCGGAGCUGCCAUUGACAAUACGGAGAAAACCAACUUUCGUCAGUAUACGUAGUGUUGAUUCCAAUAGUGAACAAGAGCAAUUACUGGGAUCCGAUACCGAGAUUGAAUCUGCUAAUCUUGAAUUGACACUAAUUCCAUCGCCUAGGUUCAAUCAGUCUCAAGUGGAGGAUACAAUUUCAAUGGAUGAUUUUGACUUUACAUUGAACAACAAUACAUCUCAAUCAGACGUGUCUGGACCCGAUUCACCACAACACUCCUCACUAAAUGAUUCAAUGGAUUCGUUGUCAACAAUUGCAACCGACUUGGAUGAGAUGAUUGUUCACGGAAAGGGUAACGAAAAGCUGGUUGCAGUUAAGCACAUGGUGGAAAAUUCCACGCUUUUUAAGAAAGAGGAUACCUCUUUAUUCAAGACAUAUUCAGGCCAUGAUUUGAAAAAUUACAAGUAUAGUGAUAUAUUUAGAUCACUUGAUAAUUUGAACUUGACAUAUUAG